AGUGUGAUGUGUCACGUUCUGCACCAGUUGACAGAUGCCGUUUUGCCAACUCUGGACACACGUGUUCUAACUCGAAACUGUGUCAAGUAGCCCGACAAUGGACGUUAUACUGCUGGCGUUGACCGUUUGUAUACUGCUUAUUUCUGCCAUUUUAGCAUUUCCGAAGAAAAACCCGUAUUAUCCCCCAUGUAUUAGGGGAUGGAUUCCAUGGUUCGGUGCAGCUUUCGAGUUCGGGAAAGCACCUCUGGAUUUCAUUGCGCAAGCACGAGCUAAGUAUGGGCCAGUCUUCACUGUCUUCGCUGCGGGGAAGCGUUUGACCUUUGUGACUCUGCAUGAAGACUUUCGUACGUUCUUCAUGUCUAAAGAUGUGGAUUUUGAGCAGGCGGUGCAAGAGCCAGUCCACCACACAGCAUCCAUCAGCAAGGAGAGCUUCUACAGGUUCCACCCUGCCUGCAACACUCUGAUCAAGGGCCGGCUGACUCCAGGUAACCUGCCCAUGCUGUCGAGUCACCUGUGCGACGAGUUCAACGACCACCUGGAGCUACUGGGGCGCGAGGGGUCCGGCGGACUGAGCGACCUCGUCAGGAGCGUCAUGUACCCCGCGGUGAUGAGCAACUUGCUGGGCAAGUCCAAUUCUCCGGGCUGCCCCGACACCGUGCAGGAGUUCAAGGAGAAGUUCCGCAUUUAUGACGAAGGCUUUGAGUACGGCUCGCAGAUUCCCGACAUUUUCCUACGGGACUGGGCGAAGUCAAAGCAAUGGCUCCUGUCCCUCCUAGAUGACAUGGUCCUAAAUGCAGAGGGCAACAGGUCCACUGAGAACGGCUUCAAGACAUUGCUGCAGCAUCUUGUCACUACAAUAACAGACAAAUUCCUCCCCAAUUAUGGACUCCUGAUGCUAUGGGCAUCACUGGCCAAUGCCAUUCCUAUAACCUUCUGGGCCCUGGCUUUUAUUCUGUCUGAUCCGUCAGCGUACCGGACAGCUGUGGAGCAGAUCACAACUGUUUUAAAAGACCAAGGCACGGAGCGGACGGCCGUGGCCGCCGAGGAGAUGCAGCAGAUGACCUACGUGAAGUGGUGCAUCCUGGAGGCCAUCCGUCUUCGAGCCCCGGGGGCCAUCACGCGCAGGGUGGUCCGCCCGCUCAGGUUACAGAACUACGUUAUUCCACCAGGGGACUUGUUGAUAGUGUCUCCAUAUUGGGCUCACCGGAACCCCAAAUACUUCCCUGAUCCAGAAGAGUUUAAACCGGAACGAUGGGAGAAGGCAGAUUUAGUAAAGAAUGUCUUCCUGGAAGGGUUCGUGGCAUUUGGAGGCGGCCGAAACCAGUGCCCAGGAAGGUGGUAUGCCUUAAUGGAGAUGCAAAUGUUUGUUGCCUUGAUUCUCUACAAGUACGAAUUCACUCUUCUGGAUCCACUGCCCAGUCACAGUUCCCUUCACCUGGUGGGCACCCAGCAGCCAGAAGGACCCUGUCGGGUACAGUACAGGCACAGGUAGACCCCCUGACCAGAGGGGGGACUGUGUGUUCCAACACUUGUGACUGACAGCUGCUCACAAUACUGCAAACAUACUGUCAUAACUGUCAGUUAACUGUCUUAACAACUGUAACAAGACUUAAGAUCUUAUUUUUUAUCUCAAGUAGAAAAUAUUAGUUUGUUCUAGGUUACGGUUUGCUUGACAAGUGAAAUCUUCUUACCCCAUUGGCAAAUCUUGAAAUGAGCCAAUAUUGAAAUCUUGAACCGCUAACUAUUUUUGUUUUAUUUAGCAAAAGAAAGUAAUAGGAAUAAGAUUUUAAUUUUCAAUAUAAGACUACAAGUAGAGACAACUUGAACCAAGCAUGCUCCCCCUUUUACAUGCUUAAAAUACUUGAGAAUUGUAAUUAAUUUAAGAUGGUAUUGUGGUUGCAAUAGUUUUCCUAACUAUUAAUUAUAUAUACUGCAUAUAGUGACAUGGUUUCUAAUAGGCUUAAGAAUGAGCAACCAUGGAAAUUAAUCAUGUCUACAUA